AUGCCCAGUGAUGCAUUUUUGCUCUAUGCCCUGGAGUUCACAUAUGCUGCCGCUAUUCAUGAAGCUAUGGCAAAUGCUCUUUUUCCACAAGUGGACCAUGGCCAAAGCCUUAGUCGACAAGCACAUACGAUUUUGGAUGUGAUGAUUUCAAAUGGCAACCGAAUUGCUGAAGCGCGAAAGGAUCUAUCGGCUCCUCGGGUUCUUGAGUAUUGUUUUUAUCUACCACUUGGACUCUGCAGAUACUAA